AUUAUGUGGAUCGCAACCUAAGUACUUCCGCCUAUAACCCUUGCUAUAUCGAAUAGCAGACGUGCAGACCGUUCAAUGCUCCAGCUCCAAAAUGCGUCUUCUAAAGCUAGAAGCAAAUGGCGAAUUUAGCCUCACGAACGACAUCACCUAUCCCACAACGCCUUAUGCGAUACUUUCACACACCUGGGGAGAAGACGACGAAGAGGUCACCUUCGAUAACCUAAAGGAUGGCUCUGGGAAGACGAAAAACGGAUACAAAAAGCUUCGGUUCUGUGGACAGCAGGCCGCUCGUAAUGGCCUACAAUACUUCUGGGUAGACACUUGUUGCAUCAACAAAUCGAAUAGUACUGAGCUUUCGGAAGCUAUUAACUCCAUGUUUCGCUAGUAUCGCAAAGCGGCCAUAUGCUAUGUGUACCUGGCAGAUGUUUGGACAAAAGAUCAAAUAGACCCGUCUUUAAAGCUAUGGGAAGCAGCUUUUGGGAAUAGUCGAUGGUUUACCCGUGGUUGGACACUUCAGGAGCUUAUCGCACCGCUGUUAGUGGAGUUCUUCUCCUCGAAUGGCGACCGACUCGGUAAUAAGAAAUCAUUAGAGGUACAGCUUCACAGGAUAACGGGGAUUCCUAUUCUCGCUCUUCAGGGCAGCCCUCUUUCUGAUUUCAGCUUCGACGAGCGAGUAUUAUGGGCACGAAAUCGAGAUACUAAGCGUGAAGAAGACCUUACUUAUUCCCUGCUAGGCAUCUUUGAUAUCUCAAUACCAAUUAUCUAUGGUGAGGGGAAGGAGAACGCAUUCCGCAGGCUGAACCGCGAAUGGAAAUACCGA